UGGAACUCGGGCCGUGCGGGCUGAGAGAGCUGCGGCGCUUGGUUCCCCCCGGGCCGCGGCGGGGGCAGGUGGGGGCGCAGGCCCGGGGGAUGCUGGGCUCGGUGAAGAUGGAGGCCCACGACCUGGCGGAGUGGAGCUACUACCCGGAGGCGGGCGAGGUUUACUCUCCAGUGACCCCAGUGCCCACCAUGGCCCCCCUCAACUCCUACAUGACCCUGAACCCUCUGAGCUCUCCCUACUCUCCUGGGGGGCUCCCUGCCUCCCCGCUGCCCUCAGGACCCCUGGUGCCCCCAGCCCCCACAGCGCCCCUGGGCCCCGCCUUCCCAGGCCUGGGUGGCAGCAGCGGAGGCGGUAGCUCAGGGUACGGGGGCCCGGGCCCGGGGCUGGGGCCCGGGAAGGAGAUGCCGAAAGGGUACCGGCGGUCCCUGGCGCACGCCAAGCCGCCCUACUCCUACAUCUCGCUCAUCACCAUGGCCAUCCAGCAGGCGCCCGGCAAGAUGCUGACGCUGAGCGAGAUCUACCAGUGGAUCAUGGACCUCUUCCCCUACUACCGGGAGAACCAGCAGCGCUGGCAGAACUCCAUCCGCCACUCGCUGUCCUUCAACGACUGCUUCGUCAAGGUGGCGCGCUCCCCGGACAAGCCGGGCAAGGGCUCCUACUGGGCCCUGCACCCCAGCUCAGGUAACAUGUUCGAGAACGGCUGCUACCUGCGCCGCCAGAAGCGCUUCAAGCUGGAGGAGAAGGCGAAGAAAGGGGGCGGCGGGACCUCUGCCACCAGGAACAGUUCAGGGGCUGCCACGUCGACCACCACCCCAGCUGCGACGGCCACCUCUCCACCCCAGCCCCAGCCUCCGCCCCCCGAGCCUGAGGCCCAAGGCAGGGAAGACGUGAGGGCUCUAGACUGUGGCUCUCCCCCGUCCUCCGCACCCUAUUUCACUGGCCUGGAGCUCCCAGGGGAGCUGAAGCUGGAUGCUCCCUACAACUUCAACCACCCUUUCUCCAUCAACAACCUGAUGUCGGAACAGACACCAGCGCCCCCCAAACUGGACGUGGGGUUUGGGGGCUAUGGGGCAGAGGGUGGGGAGCCUGGGGUCUACUACCAGGGCCUCUAUUCCCGCUCUCUGCUUAACGCAUCCUAGCAGGGGGGUAGGAGCAUGGUGGGUGGGGUGUGGCUGGUGGCAGCCUGAUUCUCCAGGUGACACUUUGCUUGUCCCCACCAGUGAACAUCUGGUCUAUUACUUACUGUGGUGACUACGCUUCUGUGGGCAUCAUGUCAACCUAUUGGGUACUGUGAUAAUUGCCUUCGACAUCUUGGUGGGCCAUCGGGUACUGUGAAGACCACCGUGUUGAUCCAUUGGGUGGUCUGAUGGCCACCAUUGGGGAUGACAUCCUGGUUGGCCCUUUGGACACUGUGAUGGACAUCCUCUUGGCUGAUCCGUUCGUUGUGAUGGUGAUGCUGUUUCAAUUGCAUCUUCUUUGGCCCGUUGGGUGCUGGGAUCACUGUUCUUUGGUGGACUUCAUGGCAUAGUAGGUGCCAAGUUGGCCACCAUUCCGCAUAACACCUGUUUUGGUCCAUUGGGUGCUGUGAUGGCCGCCAUAUUGGCUGGCUCACAUAAUCGCGCACCAACCCCUGUGUUGGCCAUGUUGUCACUGUCUGGUGUGAGUUGAAUGAGGGCUGGAGAUGAGAAUAUGCCUUGGUUUUUUUGAGCCCAUUGCCCGUUCUGGUUCAGGAGAAGCCAGAAAGGACUGGCAGGGUGUGGGGAAUUCUACUGAAGUCUGGUUCUUGCCUGGGAAGUGGGAUACUGGCUGUGUCUGAACAUUAAAGGACCAUUUCUGC